UGCCCAUCAACAUGAAGUGGCUCACCUCGGCGAGAAGGGGAGCGUUGCGCCAUGUCAUGCGCUCUCGGCGGAUGAGGCGACCCGUGUCGUCCGUUCAUCUUCAUAGCGUGACACCUCUCUUGGAGCUGCGUGACCUGCUGCUUUCUGACUUCGCUGGACUGGAGGUGUGGACCGAAAGAUUAGAGAAGGGAAUCCAGCAUCUGAAACAGCCAGGUCGACGGCGUCUAGGAAUUUGGGGCACUCAGUACUCGGGACGCUCAGAGGUCGUCUCUGCUCUCACCCAAGAUGUUCUAGAAGACAAUGACAAAACCAUUGGCUCACUUCUGAAUCGCGCAGAUCAUACCAAGCCCAGCAUUUUACUCGGAUGCGAUAGCAAUGAUGACGUCGUAUUGCCCUCCUCCUGGCUCCGAAGACUGAACCUUUGCGUCGUCGAAGUUACCAGUGAAAACGAGUCGACCGUUCUCUCCGAGCUAUUGCAGUGUGACGUUGUGCUCAUCGUCUUGGAUCCAUACACUACUUUGGACGGCAUUCCCGCUGCACUGAGACCGCUUCUCCACUCUCCCUCCGCCUUGGUAGUGAUAAAUGGCAAACUGCCCCCGUCCUAUACACAGACUCAGCUCGCAAAUCAGAUGCGCCAAAGAGGCCUCAUUGGGACAAGCUUGUCGUUCAUUCACGCAGCAGAUGCCCUGGCCGCUAUGCGGACUUUCAACGGACCCAAUCCUUCGACUUAUUCGUUGGAUCGGUUUCAAGGCCAAUAUCUUGCAUCGGGCGUUGGGAAUUUACAGCGGGUGAUCGAAGAGGUACCAAGUGGUGGAGCAUUGGCGGCGCGGCUAAUGAACAUGACCCUUCACGCCGCUGGGUCCACGUUGGAGUCGGAUACAGAACGCAAUCAGCACACGCAAAACUUGGCAAUGACCCUCGCCUCAGAAGUCCAACGCGCUGCGAAAGGCUCAGAUGAGGGAGUGUUUAGAAAUGUCGCUCAAGAUGGCUUCACACACAUCCGCAAGAGACUGGAGAGAAAUUUUCAAACCCAAUGGAGCUGGUUCAAUCUCUUGUCGACUGUUCGGAUUGACGACUGCGGCAAGGAGAUUGAGGGGACAAUUCGCUCGGGCAUGCACGACACACUUCAGGCUCAGCUUGCUUUUGCUCUUGGCAAAUUGGAGGAGCGCCAGGCUCUGUUGAUGUCAGAGGCUGAUAGAGCUUUGACAAUGAGCUCCAGAGUCGAUUGUGGCCCAUCUGCUCUUGUGCAAAAUGAGCUCGCAAUCUUAGCUCGAGGCCCGAAAAACUCGAACAAUCUGCGUGCCUUGAUAUCUUGCCCAGAUCAGGAGGUCUUAGACAGACUCGUGCCGCGUCUACAGCGAAGUGCAGACAAGGCCUCGAUCGCCAUGCUUGCCAUGGGCUCAAUGGGAAUCAGUGUCUCCUGGGCUGCGACACAACUAGAUAUCCUCACCGGUACUACGGGUGCAGCAUGCUCUCUCUUAGGCAUUCUUUGCGGGGUUCGACUCGGUCAACAUUUGUGGCAUCGGGCUCAGCGCCUCUUCUGGAAAGACUGGGAUCGGAUCACAGUUCUUCUCUCGGAGGAAUGUGAGUCUCAAGUCUCCACCCUCGGGAAGCCACUUGUGACUGGGCGUGCGCUCGCCAUUUCUCAAGCCCUGAGCAGAGUCGCACAGGGUAGGUUACAGCGACUUGACGUAAUAAAAGCUCGUAUACGAGCGUUGCAACAACAAGUUUCGCAACAAUGAUGCAUAUC